CGCGGACCCGGCGUCCAAGUGCCCCGUGGGGGUUUCCGCGGCCUCCGGGCGGGGCCGGAAGAGGAAGUCGGUGCUGCAGUGGCGGCUCCAGCAGCCGCGGCGGCCCCAGCCCAACCCCGUCGCCCGACCCUGUCCGGCCCAGCCACCGAAGCAGCGCCGCGAGGGGAUCCGGAGCCCGCCCCGCCUCGCGCCGCGCCGCCGGGCGCUCACCAGGCAGUCUGAUGGGGCUGCAGCAACCGCUGACCCCCGCCGCCGCCGCCCUGCUGUGGGGCUUCCUGCUCCCUCUGACAGCUGCUCAGGAAGCAAUCCUGCAUGCAUCUGGAAAUGGCAUGCCUUCACCAUCUAAGGACUACUGCAUGCUAUAUAACCCUCAUUGGACAGCUCUUCCAAGUACCCUAGAAAAUGCAACUUCCAUUAGUUUGAUGAAUCUGACUGCCACACCACUGUGCAACCUUUCUGAUAUUCCUCCUGAUGGAAUAAAGAACAAAGCAGUUGUGGUACAGUGGGGAACCUGCCAUUUUCUUGAAAAAGCCAGAAUUGCACAAACAGGAGGUGCUGAAGCAUUGUUGGUUGCCAAUAACAGUGUCCUCUUUCCUCCCUCAGGGAACAAAUCUGAAUUUCAUGAUGUGAAAAUACUGAUUGCAUUUAUAAACCACAAAGACUUUACAGAUACUAAGCAGACUCUCGGAGAUAACAUUACUGUGAAAAUGUAUUCUCCAUCGUGGCCUAACUUUGACUAUACUAUGGUGGUUAUUUUUGUAAUUGCUGUGUUCACUGUGGCAUUAGGAGGAUACUGGAGUGGGCUAAUUGAAUUGGAAAGCAUGAAGGCAGUGACAAACACUGAAGAUAGAGAAAUGAGGAAAAAGAAGGAAGAAUAUUUUACUUUUAGUCCUCUAACAGUUGUAAUAUUUGUGGUCAUCUGCUGUAUUAUGAUGGUCUUACUUUAUUUCUUCUACAAAUGGUUGGUUUAUGUUAUGAUAGCAAUUUUCUGCAUAGCCUCAGCGAUGAGUCUAUACAACUGUCUUGCUGCACUAAUUCAGAAGAUACCAUGUGGACAAUGCAUGAUUAUGUGUCGUGGCAAAAGCAUUGAAGUGAGGCUUAUUUUUCUCUCUGUACUGUGCAUAGCAAUAGCUGUUGUUUGGGCUGUAUUUCGAAAUGAAGAUAGGUGGGCUUGGAUUUUACAGGAUAUCUUAGGGAUUGCUUUCUGUCUGAAUUUAAUUAAAACACUGAAGUUACCCAACUUCAAGUCAUGUGUGAUACUUCUAAGCCUUCUCCUCCUCUAUGAUGUAUUUUUUGUUUUCAUAACACCAUUCAUCACAAAGAAUGGUGAGAGUAUCAUGAUUGAACUUGCAGCCGGACCUUUUGGAAAUAAUGAAAAGUUACCAGUAGUCAUCAGAGUACCAAAGCUGGCCUAUUUCUCAGUAAUGAGUGUGUGCCUCAUGCCAGUUUCAAUAUUGGGUUUUGGAGACAUUAUUGUACCAGGCCUGUUGAUUGCAUACUGUAGAAGAUUUGAUGUUCAGGCUGGUUCUUCUAUAUACUAUGUUUCCUCCACAGUUGCCUAUGCCGUCGGUAUGAUACUUACCUUUGUUGUUCUGGUGCUGAUGAAAAAGGGGCAACCUGCUCUCCUCUAUUUAGUACCUUGCACACUUAUCACUGCCUCAGUUGUUGCUUGGAGACGUAAGGAAAUGAAAAAGUUCUGGAAAGGUAGCGGCUAUCAGAUGAUGAACCAUCUGGACUCUGCAACAAAUGAAGAAAACCCUGUGACUGCUGGUGAACAGAUUGUCCAAUAAUAAUAUUAUGUGGACUUGCAAUAAUGUGUCAAUUGAUUUUCUACAAAUAGAGUUGGCCGUUUUAAAUUGGCUUUUGAAUUGACAAUCUGAAAGAAACUUCAAUGAUGUGCUUGCAAAUAUGUAUUUUUAAGAGCUGGUACUGACGACUACAUGAUAAGUAAUUAAAAUACAUUUGCUUUAAACUAUGUUAAAGUUGUGCCUUCACAUUAAAUAAAAGCAUAUGGUCUGUGU